GCGAAAUAUAAAAACGUCAUCCGCUCGGCGUGAUUCGCUGGCACUGGACAGCUUACGGUCGUUGGAUUACAUUUGUAAGCCUAAUUCUUGCCUGGCAUUCGCUCCGUAGCUUAUUCAGGCGCGGGACAAGCGCUAGACAUCACUGCACCCUCUGGUGCCUCAUCACGCUGCCAGCUCCCGACGCCGCCAGCGCGAGCGACGUCAAUCUCCAACGCCGCCCGCGCGACGAGCGCGACCCUUUCAAAGAAACAAGGGCAUGCCGCGCCGCAUCAUCACUGUUCUCGGCACCGCCGCGGCCCUCACGGCGACGAUGCGACCACCUGUAACACUAAACGCGGCGUCGCAACGCAACGCGGAGUUAGCGAGACAAGCCGCGACCAAGCAAGCGAACGACAAAGGUUUAUUAUGGCUCGAGCACAUUAAUAUCGUCGUGGGCGACCGACAGGAGGCGGAACGGUUUUACUUUGAAGAGGGCCUAGGCUGUUAUCGCGACCCGGCCAAACCGGGCGGCCCCGGGACGAGUGGCACGAUGUGGGCCAACCUUGGGAAUCAACAGUUCCACCUCGCGCAGGAGGAGGACGACGACCCGAGGCAAGUCGUCCGAGGUAGUAUCGGAUUGUGCCUGCCCGAUGCCGACAAAGCGGCUACAAGGCUAGAGAAGUUCUGCGACGUCCAACGACAUGAUGACACGAGGUUCACGGUGACCUGCCCCGUUGGGAAUACAUUUCACUGCUAUCAAGUGGCGAAGGACCCCCCUACCGAGGGGAUAGGUAAAAGGCCGAAGAUGGUGAACCUUCAUAAAGGAGACGGCUACAAUGGCGACGCCUUUUCUGUAAGAAACGGCCCGGGCAUUCGAUACGUGCAGUUCCUGGUGGAGGACGCCCAGAGGGCCGCGCAGUCGUACGUCGACGAGUUCGGCGGUUCCGUGACGGAAGAUGACGGUCUCACGUGCGUCUCGGCCGGUCUCGGGCCGGUCCACCUCAUCUUUGAAAGUGCGGAGCCCGAUGCUAUUGCAGAUGAGAAGCAGGACGGCGUCCAUUUAUGUGUAUAUGUGGACGCCUUCGCCGAAAGGUAUGACCGGCUUCGGAAGGCCGCCCGCAUGUUCACGAACCCGCGGUUCAAGCACCUGGACACGUGCGACUCGCUCGAGGAGGCGCUCGCGUCGCGCACCUUCCGCUUCGCGUUUCCGGCGGUGCCUUUUGUGGAGCACGAGACGCGCGCGCUGACUCAUCAGCAGUUCCUCAAGCGGAUUAAGUACGAACCACUGUAG